CCUACAAUGCUGUAAUAAACAAAUUUGCUCAGUUGAAUAAGAUUCUAAAAGGCAAGAUAAUGCAGAAAAUUGUUCUCCUCCUCUGUUUUGCAAUUUUGCACACUGCCUCUGCGUUAAAAUGUUUCUAUUGCAAGGACCCUACUACAUGUGGUACAGACAUCGAAACCUGGUAUGAAACGGCAUGCGCAAACUCGGCUCAGCCAACAAGCUACCAACCUGCCUGCUUAAGGUUGAGCUAUAAAGAUAAGACAACACAGGAGAUGAUGGUGAUAAGGAAAUGCGCUUUGGUCGAAUUAAAAGACGGAAAACCAAGCUACGACUGUCAAAGUUUCGGUGACGAAGCUGAGUGUCCUCUAUGUCAAACUGACUUAUGUAAUUCUGCGAAAAGUAUCAGUUUCAGCUUUGUGGUACUUUGCGGUGUUGUUUUGGCAAUCGCUGUGCCCAAACUUUUGUAAAAUUACCCCACCUCUUCGCUUGUAUGAUUCGUGGGAAAUGGAUGAUGCUUUGAAAAACAAACCAGGUGUUCAAGUCCUACAAGCCGUGUAUAUGUCUUCGUUAACUGUGUUUACUUUUAUUAUAGGUUUGAAUGUCCGUAGUACGAUAUUUUUUUAACGAAACUUGAUGUGUAUUGUUUAUUACUGAAAUUAAAUGUUUAAUUUCAUUGAUAAUUUUACUUAUCAUCUUAAUAAAAUGAUUUUCUACA